GCCCGUGAGCGCACCCUCGGUGCCGAGCAUCCUUCCACAUUGGAUUCAGUCAACAAUUUGGCAAAUUGUCUCAGAGCCAUGGGCCAGCUGAAAGAUGCAGAAGUGCUCUACAGGAAAGCUUUGAAGGCCCGUGAGCGCAGCCUCGGUGCCGAGCAUUUUGAGACAUUGGGCUCAGUCAACAAUUUGGCAAUUUGUCUCAUAGCCAUGGGCCAGCUGAAAGAUGCAGAAGCGCUCCACAGGAGAGCUUUGGAGGCCUGUGAGCGCACCCUCAGUGCCGAGCAUCCUUACACAUUGGGCUCAGUCAGCAAUUUGGCAAAUUGCCUCAGACGCAUGGGCCAGCUGAAAGAUGCAGAAGUGCUCUUCAGGAGAGCUUUGGAGGCCUGUGAGCGCACCCUUGGUGCCGAGCAUCCUUUCACAUUGGGCUCAAUCAACAAUUUGGCAGAUUGCCUCGAAGCCAUGGGCCAGCUGAAAGAUGCAGAAGUGCUCCACAGGAGAGUUUUGGAGGUCCGUGAGCGCACCCUCGGUGCCGAGCAUCCUGACGCAUUGGGCUCAGUCAGCAAUUUGGCAAUUUGCCUCAGUGAGAUGGGUCAGCUGCAAGAUGCAGAAGCGCUCCACAGGAGAGCUUUGGAGGCCCGUGAGCGCACCCUCGGUGCCGAGCAUCCUUCCACAGUGGACUCAGUCAACAAUUUGGCACUUUGCCUCAGUGAGAUGGGCCAGCUGAAAGAUGCAGAAGCGCUCUACAGGUCUCCAGAGCUACAGCAGCCUUCCCCUGCAGAGCCCGACGGAAUCGCCCGUGAGCGCACCCUCGGCGCCGAGCAUCCUGACACAUUGGCCUCAGUCAACAAUUUGGCAACUUGCCUCACUGCCAUGGGCCAGCUGAAAGAUGCAGAAGUGCUGUACAGGAGAGCUUUGGAAGACCGUGAGCGCACCGUUGGUGCCGAGCAUCCUUCCACAUUGGCCUCAGUCAACAAUUUGGCAACUUGCCUCACUGCCAUGGGCCGGCUAAAAGAUGCAGAAGUGCUCUACAGGAGAGCUUUGGAGGCCUGUGAGCGCACCCUCGGUGCCGAGCAUCCUUCCACAUUGCGCUCAGUCAACAAUUUGGCGAUUUGCUUCAGAAAGAUGGGCCAGCUGAAAGAUGCAGAAGCGCUCUACAGGAGAGCUUUGGAAGCCCAGGAGCGCACCCACGGUGCCGAGCAUCCUGACACAUUGGUCUCAGUCCACAAUUUGGCAACUUGCCUCCAAGCGAGGGGCCAGCUGAAAGAUGCAGAAGUGCUGUACAGGAGAGCUUUGGAGGCGCGUGAGUGCUCCCUCAGUGCCGAGCAUCCUUCCACAUUGGGCUCAGUCAACAAUUUGGCAAAUUGCCUCACAGCCAUGGGCCGGCUGAAAGAUGCAGAAGUGCUGUACAGGAGAGCUUUGGAUGCCCGUGAGCGCACCUUCGGUGCCGAGCAUCUUGACGCAUUGGCCUCAGUCAACAAUUUGGCAAUUUGCCUCGAAGCCAUGGGCCAGCUGACAGAUGCAGAAGCGCUCUACAGGAGAGCUUUGGAGGCCCAGCAGCGCACCCUCGGUGCCGAGCAUCCUUCCACAUUGGGCUCAGUCAACAAUUUGGCAAGGUGCCUCCAAGCUAGGGGCCAGCGGAAAGAUGCAGAAGUGCUCUACAGGAGAGCUUUGGAGGCCCAGCAGCGCACCCUCGGUGCCGAGUGCCUCCAAGCCAUGGGCCAGCUGAAAGAUGCAGAAGUGCUCUCUAGGAGAGCUUUGGAGGCCCGUGAGCGCACCUUCGGUGCCGAGCAUCGUUCCACAUUAAUCUCAGUCCACAAUUUGGCAUUUUGCCUCCAAGAUAGGGGCCAGCUGAAAGAUGCAGAAGUGCUGUACAGGAGAGCUUUGGAGGCCCAGCAGCGCACCCUCGGCGCCGAGCAUCCUCACACAUUGUGCUCAGUCAACAGUUUGGCAACUUGCCUCGGCCAGACGGGCCGGCUGAAAAAUGCAGAAGUGCUCUACAGAGCUGUGGAGGCCCAGGAGCGCACCCUCGGUGCCGAGCAUCCUGAGACAUUGGGCUCAGUCAACAAUUUGGCAUUUUGCCUCAGAGCCAUGGGCCAGCUGAAAGAUGCAGAAGCGCUCUACAGGAGAGCUUUGGAGGCCCGUGAGCGCACCCUCGGUGCCGAGCAUCCUUCCACAUUGGGCUCAGUCAACAAUUUGGCAUUUUGCCUCAGAGCCAUGGGCCAGCUGAAAGAUGCAGAAGCGCUCUACAGGAGAGCUUUGGAGGCCCAGGAGCGCACCCUCGGUGUCGAGCAUCCUUCCACACUGGUCUCAGUCAAAAAUUUGGCAAAUUGCCUCAGUGAGAUGGGCCAGCUGAAAGAUGCAGAAGUGCUCUACAGGAGAGCUUUGGAGGCCAAGGAGCGCACCCUCGGUGCCCAGCAUCCUUCCACAUUGCGCUCAGUCAACAAUUUGGCGAUUUGCCGCAGAGCCAUGGGCCAGCGGAAGCGCUCUACAGGCAUCCCAAGGAUGGCCGCAUUCGAGGAGCGAGGCUCACAGCCUUCAGAGACGCAGAAGCACAAUCCGCCAGGGACACCCAGAGCGAAGCGAAAAAAACGGAACCGGAAAAAGAUGUUGGGAAAGUUGGAAGUUUUGUUCGAAGUCCUGUCCUCCCGACCCGGAACAGCUCUGAGUGCCGCUGCGCAGAGUCUUUUGCGUCGGGGUCUCGGAGCCCAGGAGCGCACCCUCGGUGCCGAGCAUCCUUCCACAUUGGCCUCAGUCCACAAUUUGGCAGAUUGCCUCAAAGCUAGGGGCCGGCUGAAAGAUGCAGAAGCGCUCCACAGGAGAGCUUUGGAGGCCCGUGAGCGCACCCUCGGUGCCGAGCAUCCUUCCACAUUGGGCUCAGUCAACAAUUUGGCAAAUUGCUUCAGAGCCAGGGGCCAGCUGAAAGAUGCAGAAGUGCUCUACAGGAGAGCUUUGGAGGCCAAGGAGCGCACCCUCGGUGCCGAGCAUCCUUCCACAUUGUUCUCAGUCGGCAGUUUGGCAGAGUGCCUCAGACAGAUGGGCCAGCUGAAAGAUGCAGAAGUGCUCCACAGGAGAGCUUUGGAGGCCCAGGAGCGCACCCUCGGUGCUGAGCAUCCUUCCACAUUGGGCUCAGUCAACAAUUUGGCGAUUUGCUUCCGAGAUAGGGGCCAGCUGAAAGAUGCAGAAGUGCUCCACAGGAGAGCUUUGGAGGCCCGUGAGCGCACCCUCGGUGCCGAGCAUCCUUCCACAUUGAGCUCAGUCGGCAAUUUGGCGAUUUGCCUCGAAGCCAUGGGCCAGCUGAAAGAUGGAGAAGCGCUCUACAGGAGAGCUUUGGAGGCCAAGGAGCGCACCCUCGGUGCCGAGCAUCCUUCCACACUGCGCUCAGUCGGCAAUUUGGCGAUUUGCUUCAAAGCCAUGGGCCAGCUGAAAGAUGCAGAAGUGCUGUACAGGUGCCUCCAAGCUAGGGGGCAGCGGAAAGAUGCAGAAGCGCUUUACAGGAGAGCUUUGGAGGCCCAGGAGCGCAUCCUCGGUGCCGAGCAUCCUGACACAUUGCGCUCAGGCAACAAUUUGGCAAAUUGUCUCAGAGCCAUGGGCCAGCUGAAAGCCCGUGAGCGCACCCUCGGUGCCGAGCAUCCUUCCACAUUGGAUUCAGUCAACAAUUUGGCAAAUUGUCUCAGAGCCAUGGGCCAGCUGAAAGAUGCAGAAGUGCUCUACAGGAAAGCUUUGAAGGCCCGUGAGCGCAGCCUCGGUGCCGAGCAUUUUGAGACAUUGGGCUCAGUCAACAAUUUGGCAAUUUGUCUCAUAGCCAUGGGCCAGCUGAAAGAUGCAGAAGCGCUCCACAGGAGAGCUUUGGAGGCCUGUGAGCGCACCCUCAGUGCCGAGCAUCCUUACACAUUGGGCUCAGUCAGCAAUUUGGCAAAUUGCCUCAGACGCAUGGGCCAGCUGAAAGAUGCAGAAGUGCUCUUCAGGAGAGCUUUGGAGGCCUGUGAGCGCACCCUUGGUGCCGAGCAUCCUUUCACAUUGGGCUCAAUCAACAAUUUGGCAGAUUGCCUCGAAGCCAUGGGCCAGCUGAAAGAUGCAGAAGUGCUCCACAGGAGAACUUUGGAGGCCAAGGAGCGCACCCUCGGUGCCGAGCAUCCUUCCACAUUAGUCUCAGUCAACAAUUUGGCACUUUGCCUCAGAGCCAUGGGCCAGCUGAAAGAUGCAGAAAUGCACCACAGGAGAGUUUUGGAGGUCCGUGAGCGCACCCUCGGUGCCGAGCAUCCUGACGCAUUGGGCUCAGUCAGCAAUUUGGCAAUUUGCCUCAGUGAGAUGGGUCAGCUGCAAGAUGCAGAAGCGCUCCACAGGAGAGCUUUGGAGGCCCGUGAGCGCACCCUCGGUGCCGAGCAUCCUUCCACAGUGGACUCAGUCAACAAUUUGGCACUUUGCCUCAGUGAGAUGGGCCAGCUGAAAGAUGCAGAAGCGCUCUACAGGUCUCCAGAGCUACAGCAGCCUUCCCCUGCAGAGCCCGACGGAAUCGCCCGUGAGCGCACCCUCGGCGCCGAGCAUCCUGACACAUUGGCCUCAGUCAACAAUUUGGCAACUUGCCUCACUGCCAUGGGCCAGCUGAAAGAUGCAGAAGUGCUGUACAGGAGAGCUUUGGAAGACCGUGAGCGCACCGUUGGUGCCGAGCAUCCUUCCACAUUGGCCUCAGUCAACAAUUUGGCAACUUGCCUCACUGCCAUGGGCCGGCUAAAAGAUGCAGAAGUGCUCUACAGGAGAGCUUUGGAGGCCUGUGAGCGCACCCUCGGUGCCGAGCAUCCUUCCACAUUGCGCUCAGUCAACAAUUUGGCGAUUUGCUUCAGAAAGAUGGGCCAGCUGAAAGAUGCAGAAGCGCUCUACAGGAGAGCUUUGGAAGCCCAGGAGCGCACCCACGGUGCCGAGCAUCCUGACACAUUGGUCUCAGUCCACAAUUUGGCAACUUGCCUCCAAGCGAGGGGCCAGCUGAAAGAUGCAGAAGUGCUGUACAGGAGAGCUUUGGAGGCGCGUGAGUGCUCCCUCAGUGCCGAGCAUCCUUCCACAUUGGGCUCAGUCAACAAUUUGGCAAAUUGCCUCACAGCCAUGGGCCGGCUGAAAGAUGCAGAAGUGCUGUACAGGAGAGCUUUGGAUGCCCGUGAGCGCACCUUCGGUGCCGAGCAUCUUGACGCAUUGGCCUCA